AAAACAAAACCUUAAAAUGUGGAUACUUAGUGAUCACUAUGUUAUUGUUUCAGGUGAAGGAGGUUAAUGUGAGGUUGUGGAGGUGAGGCUGUGGUGGUGGUGGUGGUGGUUGUGGUGGUGCAUCAUCAUCCUGGAGGAGUGGUGGUGGUGGUGGCGGCGGCGUGGGCGCGGCGCCGCCAGCCUCAGUACACUCGGCGGGGCCUGCUGCUGCUGCUGCUGCUGCUGCUGCGCCCACCCCUGCUACUGCCCUCACCUCUACUUACUCUCAGGCAAAAGGUCGUGAAGACAGCAUGGAGGAGGGCUAUCUAGCACUGCGAUGGAACAAUCACAACACAAUUUUCACGAAGAUCCUCACCCUCCUCAGGGAACAGGAAGCUUAUGUUGAUGUGUCGUUGGCAUGUGCUGGAAGGUUAUAUCCAGCUCACAAGUUUGUCCUCUCCACAUGCAGUGAUUACUUCAAGGAAAUGUUUGCAAAAAAUCCAUGCAAACAUCCAAUAGUCUUCAUGAAAGAUGUAUCCACAAAGGAUAUGGAGGCAUUAUUAGAUUUCAUGUACAAAGGUGAAGUACAUGUACCUCAGAGUGAACUGGGCUCUCUCUUACGUACAGCUGAAGGUCUUCAGGUGAAGGGAUUAGCAGUUCCUGAUGACUCACCCCGUGGCUCUUCCUCCACCCCUAUUGUGCCUUCUGUUCCAUCCGUCCUGCGCUCACAUCCGCCCACACUUUUGGCACCUCGGCAUCUGCGUGGAAAGCGCAAAAGACCACCGGAAUCAAACAGAAAAGAUGACCCUCCAAAGUUGACAUUGCGGCCUGAUCUUGGGCCUCCAACUCCUAACCGCUCCCGUCAACCUAACCGCCCGCCAGGCAUGCCCGAGCUCAAAAGAAUAAAAAAAGAACACAAAGUUGUAGACACUGGCACAAUGGAGCCUGGUGAGGUUCCCAGAUCAAGAUCUCAGAGUCCAGCAGCCAGCAGUCACAACAGUGAUGAUCCACCUAUAAACCAUACGGAUAAGAUAGAGAAUGAACGUCCAGAAUACGUGAAAGUUAAAGAUGUAGACCCAGAAGAGGAUGAAGGGGUUGCUGGAGAAGGAAUAUCAGGAGAUGAAGAGCAAGAUGAUGAGGAUGAGGAAGAUGAGGAGGAAGAAGAAGAUGAAGAUGUGGGUUUAGGCGAGGGAGAGGCUAUGUCCCAUGGUGUACUCUCUGAUGUUGAUGCCUUUGAACAAUCUAACUCUUCAUUGCCAAACUCUGAUAUAUCAACGACUGAACUAUUACAAGUUGAUUUAAGUGAGGAUGGAACGCAGUUUAUUAUUGGUCCUGGUGGCUAUGGUGAAGUAAUGUCAAGAACUUCCUCAUUGGCUGGGGAUGAAGAGAGAAAUGGUGAUAGAGAACAAAAAAAGCCCUUUGUGUGCCCUUUGUGUGGCCAGUCCUUUACAAGACGUGAUAAUCUUGCCAAUCAUAUCAAGACUCACACCGGUGACCGUCCUUUCAUGUGCCAGUAUUGCCAUAAGUGCUUCUCAAGGAAAGACUACCUGAAGCAGCACGAACGUAUUCACACAGGAGAGAAGCCCUAUGCAUGUGACAUCUGUAGUCGCGCGUUUACUCGUAAGGAGGGUCUUACCGAUCACAUGCGGUGUCAUUCAGACUUCAAAGCCUUUUCUUGUGAAACCUGUGGUAAGAGCUUCAAGCAAAAAUGUGGUCUGCGUUUCCAUAAAAGAAACUAUAAACAUUAGCUAUCCUAAUGAUCUGCAAGACUGAAGACACUUUUUACAGGUUUUUAACAAACAAGUGUUUAUGAGAGACAUUUUACUUAUUACUACAAGUCAUUCAGUUGCUUGCUGGGCAGUUUUUGUAUGAAGGUCAAUGAGUUUUAAUACUUUUAAUGAUUGGUCAAAUUAUUUGGGUAAGUGUAUGAGGAAUGAUUAAAUUUCAUGCAUUUGCUUUAUACUGUAAUAUUGUUUGAUAUACUAUGCUUAUUGGCUUACACCAUAUGUUCACUUCAACAUUAUGCAUUCUGUUCAUUUUAUAAUUAACUGUGACAUUUAUAAUUAAUAAUAAGAUAGUAAAGUAUCACAAAUAACAUACACUGAACAGUGAAAUUACUUGAUGUUGAGUGAUGGAGGUAUUCUGGCAUAUUUGCAAGAUCAACUUUGUAUUGUUUAUUUUGUUAUGUGGUGCUAACAUAAUUUUGUUUGGCUUUUUUGACCUCUUCACCUCUAACUGUAGAUUGUUCACCACAGAUUUCCAUAAUUGUCUUCAUAAAUCAGAAAGUAUUAUGUUUUUAUUUUGUAAAUAGUGUAUUGAAAAGUAUUUAUAAUUGCUAAGUUAUUUUUUUAAUAUCUCAAGACCACUUUGUUUAGUGAUGAAGUAAUUGUGUGUGCUUUAUUCCAAAACUUAUUUUAUAAUCAAAACUUUUAGUCUAUAUGUGUACCUUAAGUAAUUAUAUGUGUGAAAUUUAAUUAUUCAUAACAUAUCACAUUGAUAUAUUUGUAUUUGUUGAAUUCAGUUUGGAUGCCAGUAGGCUCAUAUCUCCACAAGCAGAAUCUGAAGAGGGUCUUACUUUUAAGAAUAAUUUAUACACUUCAUCUGAUCUCAAAUGCAUGCAGCCAGUGUGAACUUACAAGAGCUGUUUUGAAUUGUGAAAGUAUGAGUCAGUAACGUAAGGCAGCACUGUAAGGUAUGCAUUGUUUAGUAUGUCAAGAUUACAGUCUCACAGUACUUUUUAGUCGCAAUUUUGAACUGUGUGUAGAAUAUUAUUUUGUAUAAGCAUUCUUCCAUUAUUUUAUACUUUUCAUGCAACACUCUUGAAUACAAAGCAGCCAUGGGGGAGUUGAAUGAUAGCUCUAGGUCUUUCAUGUUGCAAUCAACACAUCAUCAGGACCCUGUAGUGUUGUAGAAAAAAUAGGAAUUACCAGCAAAUAUAUUAAGAAAGUGUAUCUGCUCGACACACUUCCUCUGAACGUAUUUUCUUGGAAUUCCAACAUUUUUCUGCAACAUUAUAAGUUGAUGAGGUGUUGAUUGCAACAUGAAAGGCCUAAAGCUAUCAUUCAACUCUCCCCAUGGUUUUUUUGCAUUUUGUAUCGCUUGCUCGCGAUCAUUGCAUAUCUCUUGAAUAUAUUUUAAGUAACAUAGAAGUAGCUUCCAUAAAUAUGUAUGUGCACCAGUACUAAAUCAAAGACAAGUGAAGAAAGCUUUUAUUCAAAGUAAUGUAGAUAAAUAGAGCAAGGGGCGAGUAACCCCUUCUGUAUAAAUUACUAAAUUUAAAAAGAGAAACCUACGUUUUUCUUUUUGGACUACCCUGCCUUGGUGGGAUACGGCCGGUUUGUUGAAAGAAGAUAUAGAUAAAUGGUUCAGAGAACCACACAAGUUGAUCAGUUAGACACAUGUGCAAAGACAGCACAUGUGUGUGAUUCACCAAGUUACAUUCAAUGGCUGUGGCUGAGCCAGCAUUAUUUUGAAUGAUAAAUUAGACACAUGUGCAGCACUUGGGUAUAUUCAUUGUGAAAGCAUUUCACCACACAGUGGCUUCAUCAGUUCAAUACAAAGAAGAAUAGUGAAGAUCAGAAGGAGUUUGAAGUAAUCAGUCCCUCAGCCUGGAGGGCUGAGGAUAAUGUUAAGCUCAGUCAUAGCCAUAUUGAGUAACUUGAUGAACUACACACGUGCUCCCUUUGUUACUUACCUUUGAUCUUAUGAACUUGAUAAAAUUUUCACUGAUCCAAACAUUUUAAUAAAAGCUUUAUUUCUACAUGUCUUAGAUAUAGUGUGUGUCAGCUUACUGCCUCUUUCACACUUACAUCACCACUAUAUGAGUAAUUAUUGAUUUGAAAUUACCAUUAUAUUGAAAGAGUUUUCCAGCCCUUUCUGUUUUGAAAAUUGGUCAUUUAUUAGGAAUGACUGCCAAUGUUUAUAAUAGCUGCCAGCCCAAGAAAUAUGUGAACAUUUAUCAUUACACAGUAGGUAAAUACUACAGUGUAAUACAUGUACUUAAAACAUAUAACAUUGACUUAAUAUUGCCCAAAAAAGAUGCAAAUUAUGACUUUCUAGAAAAAUGUGUUGAGCAUUGUAUUGAUAGUCAAUGGAGCCUGGCAAGUGGCAAUGUGCAUUUGUAUAAUCUUGUAUAUGGGAAAUCUUAGUUUGAAAUGAAAACAUUCCAUUUACAUUCAUGUAUACAUACAUAUGCAUAAACAUACAUACAUACAUAUGCACAUACAUGUAUUUAAAAAAAUUAACACUGGCCAUCUCCCACUUAGGUAGGGUGACCUGAAAAAGAAGAAACAUUUUCUGUUAUUCCUUCUAUCACUGUCUUGCCAAAGGUGUGCAGUACUAUAGUUCAAAUAUCCCUCCAAACUGCAAAUAUCCCCACCUGUCCUUUAGAGUGCAGGCACUGUACUUUCCACCUCCAGGACUCAAGUCUGGCUAACUGGUUUCCUGAAUUUUUUUUUUUUUUUUUUCAACAAGUCGGCCGUCUCCCACCGAAUAUCUUUACCAAAUGUUACCUUGCUCACAUUCCAACAGCUUAUGAAGACCCUAAAACCAUUUGCCUCCACUUGCUCCUAUUUAUCACAUACAAAUUACUAAAAUACUUUCCAAAUAUUGAUCAGAAUGUGUGAAGCUAUGUGGAGCAGUGGCAGGUGGGUCACCUGUUGUCUCCAGUUUCAACUCUCCAUUGGCCUUAAACUACAAAGAAAACAAUCUAACUUAAUAUACACUUAUUUUCUUCAUAAAAAAAAAUUGCUGAACCUUGGCCUGACCAAAGGCCAGAGUUCUGAAAUCCUGAUGAUAAAGAAGAAUACUUGCCAUUUACAAAAAAAAACAUUUGGCAUUAUUCAUGGAGUGUGCUUGGGUGGCAAUCACCCAAGCACAGUACAAGGAAUCUCCCUCCACAACAUAAAGGUUACUAAACUUUGGGGAGGUGGGUGAUGACACAGGUCACAAUAAUGCUUUUUCAUGUUAGUAAGGGACUUUUGAUUCAAGGAAUGGGACAUUUCCUUCUUAACCUGGAUCUAACUCAUUUGCAUUCAUUCCUUAGGCACUGUAUGACCCUUUUAAUGUAAGACAGUAAUAAUUCAUUCUACUGCACAUUGAUUUGUGCCACACCUUGUCACAAAGGUCCCUGCAUCACCUUUAGUACAUAGGUCCCUACAUUGCUUUUAGUACAUAGGGCCUUACAUCACCUUUAGUACAUAGGUCCCUGCAUCACCUUUAGUACAUAGGUCCUUGCAUCACCUUUAGUACAAAGGUCCCUGCAUCACCUUUAGUACAAAGGUCCCUGCAUCACCUUUAGUAUAAAGGUCCCUGCAUCACCUUUAGUACAAAGGUCCCUGCAUCACCAUUGGUACAUAGGUCCCUGUGUCACCUUUAGUACAUAGAUCCCUGCAUCAUCAUUAUUACAUAGGUCCCAUCUAGUCAUGGGGUCCUCCAUGGCAUCCUCCUCCCACCACCAUCACUAAAAGUGUACAGUGCCGGAGAAAGCUCGAAGGUCAGAUAUAUUUAAUAUUGUAGCAUGUUUGAAAUAGUGUUAUUUCCAGUAAAGUGUAAUAGUAAAUGCCCUGUAUUUUCCCAUGCAGUAUUAAGUGAAACAUGACAAGCAGUAUGACACUGUGGCUCCACCUCCCGCCCACCCCUUAUACAUAUUGUUUUUUCUCUUACAGCUUGAGAGAAAACAGCACAGUUUGUUUGUAGUUUAUACUUGAAGUGCAGGUAUUUAAUUUAGCUCAAAUAUUAUUUCAGGCAAAAUACAAUGCCACAACACCCAUAACACUACAAUAAGAACACAAGACACUGUGUUGAUCUUGAGGCAGGAUGGCAGCUAGUUAAUGGCACUGAGCUAUAAAUUGGGCAGACCUUUAUUUAACUACGUACGUUUCUAAAAUCCAUGUAAUUUUUGCUCAGAAAAUUUGUUUCAUUAAACGUAGGUAAAUUGCAAAGAGUGAGACCAUUUAUACGUACACUUUUUUCCCCCCUAGUUACUAUUAGCCAUGUGGUGAAUAACUUUUGCUGAGAACAUAAAUGGUUGUGCUGUAGAAGUUGUAAUUGUUUCAUAACUAAAUAUACAAGGGUAAUGAAGGAAGAAAAAAUUCAAAUACAAAUAUAAUUUAUAUGCAGGGCUAAGUAAUAGCACUCCAUAAAGUAGGAAAUUUCCAGCACAAUCACUCGGUAAUUACUUGAUCAAUUUUCUUAUCAAAUCCACGUGUCUUUCUGGCAUUAUCAUAAAAUUCCACACUAGACAUGCUUUCUUUCAAGAUUUGCUUAUUUCUCUCACUAACAAAUCUUGACUUCAUUCACUUCUUCAUUUACCCUCUGACACUAUUUUCUUUGUAUUUCACCUUUGUUUUGCUCUUACAGUAAGUAAUGCCCACUUAUUUUUUUUUCUAUUAAAUAGUUGUGUAACCAAAACCCUGUCCUCCACCCUUUUAUUCACUAUAGUAAAAGAAAAUUGUAUCUAUAAGCAUUUCACUGGGACAAAGGUAUGAAGAUUUUACUGACACCUUGAAUAGUUUCUAAAAGAAAAAGAUAUGCUGUGGUGACCCUUGUCAAAAGUAUUGGCUUAAUUAAUCCACAGGUGGUAAAAUUCAAAAUAGAACCAAUAUAGAUAAAACUACUUCUUGACUUUAGCUUUUCAAUUAGCAGAGAUUUUUUCCUUCUAAAUGUAGGUUUUGUGGGUCUUAUUAUGAACCAGAAAAGCGUCUCGAAUAGCAAUAAUAUACAUUAUAAAUUGGCUUUAAAUCAUAAAUCAGCUGUCCAUGUAAAGGAAUAAUUAUAUUAAAACCAUUAAAUUAAGUGUCAGAAAAUAAUUAAUUCUGUUUUGAGUGUAGGAACAAAUGUGGACACAAAAGAGAUUUGACACAUCUAAAAAUUUACUUGGAGUUUAUCCAGUGAAUUAAGAAACAGAAAAUUGAUAAGGAAAAAAUAUAUGUUAUUAAUAAGCAGACAACACAAAAUACCCCCAAUGAAAAGCAGGGGUGCAAUUAGUACACAGAGGAACCAAGACUUUUCAAUGUCCUCCCUUUGUAAAGGGGUUUACCAGCAGACCCUGUCUGUUGGCAAGAUGGAACUGGAUAAGUUUAAGCCACUGCCUGAUUAGAUGGGCUGUGGUGCUUACACUGGACUUUGUGUAGCUAACACCAACAGCUUGGUUGAAAUGGUCAUCCACUGGGAGGCCUAGUCUGGGGAUUGGGCCACUGGGAUGUUGACUUGUGGAACACAUUCUUGGUAGGCUCCAGGAAGGUCAUCAUCAUCUCUUAUAUCAGUGGAAAUUGUCUCAUUUGAAGAACACAAAGGCACAAUACCAUGACUGGAACAGUUCACAAAUAACCUUAGAUUUGUAUGUUUCUUUCUCUGAUGUGUGGGUUAUUUGUGUAUUGUCUCAUUGGAGAUAAAACUGCUUAAAGAUUCAAGCAGUGCAGGCUUUGUACAAAGGACUGGCUGUAACUUUCCUUAAAAGAGCUGCCACCCAUGCUCAAGUGGGAAAAGUGGUCUCUCUGGCCUGUCAUAAGUGAAAAAAAGGUACUCACCUAAUUGUACUUGCCUAAUUGUGGUUGCAGGGGUCAAGACUCAGCUCCUGGCCCCGCCUCUUCACUGAUCGCUACUAGGUCCUCUCUUUCUGCUUCCUAAGCUUUGUCAUACCUCAUCUUAAAGCUAUGUAUGUUUCCUGCCUCCAUUACAUCACGUGCUAGGCUAUUCCACUUCCUGACGACUUUGUGACUGAAGAAGUACUUCCUAAUAUCCCUGUGACUCACCUGAGUCUUCAGCUUCCAAUUGUGACCCCUUGUUUCUGUGUUCCCUCUCUGGAACAUCCUGUCUCUGUCCACCUUGUCUAUUCCACGCAUUAUUUUGUAUGUUGCUAUCAUGUCUCCCCUGAUCCUCCUGUCCUCCAGUGUCGUCAGUCCGAUUUCCCUCAACCUUUCUUCAUAGGACGUUCCCCUGAGCUCUGGAACUAGCCUUGUUGCAAACCUUUGUACUUUCUCUAAUUUCUUGAUGUGCUUGACCAGGUGUGGGUUCCAAACUGGUGCUGCGUGAGUGUGUAUACACUCACCUAAUUGUGGUUGCAGGGGUUGAGACUCGGCUCCUGGCCCUACUUGAUAAUUUGGUCUAGGUGUUGACCUCUUUAUUUUUCUCCAAAAUUAGAGCUUCAAAUGGCUUUGCUGACUGUCUUGAUAUAUAUUUGAUAGUCAAUUUUGUCACAUUUUUAAAGUAUUUAAGGAAAAUGUGAUAAGUGACUCCAACAGUUUGUGGGCCUCUUCAUAUUUCUUUAUCUGUUAUUUUUUUCUCAGCCAGAAAAAGAGCCCUGGCUAAAUCAGUUCUAAUAAAUAUAAAGUGCAGUAUAUUUACCUGACAGAAUCAUUCAGCUUGUAAAGUUUUUGACACUCUUAUAUAACAUGCUUCAUUUUAUUUGAAAAACAUCUACCUUGUGUGCAGUGUACACAGUAAGGACAAAAGCAUUGAGUGCCUUCUGUUUCAAGGACAGUAAUUUUAUUUAUGCCACUGUAAAUUGUGAAUACAUGUAUAAAAGUACAGUACAGUGUAUGUGUGUGUGCAUAAUGACACUGUCACUAAGGUUGGCAUUUGCAAGAGAAAAAACCCAGCAGGUGUUUCCGAGAAAUACACGAACUGUACAUUUAGUUUGUGUCGUGUUGGAUUUUUUAAAUUCACUCUUCAAUUACUGUUGGUUUCAUCUUUUCUCUGGAUGUUGAAACAUGUUACUGAACUCCUUUGGGGAAGUCACUGCAUGCGUGCGUGCACACACACACACACACACACACACACACA